AUGUCCAAAGUGCAAUCGCCAAUACUCACGCCGCAGUUAACACCGUCCGUAACGGGUUACAUCAACACCAAACUAUGGGACGAACGCCCUGUUCGAUACGCUGCCAAUGUCCUUAAACACGUGUGUAUCUUCCUGCUGAUCCUCACAGCAUGUGAAGAAGUCACUAGCUUCGCUAUCGGCCAGUCGCUCAAGAACUUUUUCCAGAAGUUGGGCUGGUCCAACAAAGGCUCCACUUCCAUGAAACUCACGUACGAUUCCUUCAGUCAGUUCAUGUGUAUCGUUGCUGGCUACAUCGCUGACGAACGUCUGGGCAAGUUCAAGACGCUACUGUCAGCCGCUACAUUGGACUCGUUCGGUCUCCUGUUCCUCGUGAUCGCCGCCCUACCGGUAGUCCUAGACAACCAUCUUGGAGUCAGCAAAGCUAUCUUCAAUAUCGGCCUGUUCCUGGGUGUUGCAGUCUCUCAGAUCUGUCUACGCUCGCUUGUGAUCUCGUACGGAGGCGACCAGUUCUCCCCUACCGCCCCAUCCUCAGAGAAGGCUCUCUUCUUCAGUAUCCAGUACUGGGUUGCCAACAUCGGAGCUUUCAUUGGUUACGCCGUGUUCCCGUCCGUGUCAAUCCAUGGCUUCGGUGCCAUCCCAGCCGACUAUGGUUACGUCAGUGUGUACCUCGUGGGCUUCGUCAUGUUGGUCAUUUUUGUAAUUUUGCUCUGGGUUACCCGCAAUCGUUACGUGAACAUACCCGCAACCAAGCAGUCGGUGGCUCUAGUGAUCAAAAUCGUACUUGAUCACGCCAAGAAGAACUUCGAUGCUCAGAUGGUCGUGUUGGGUACAAUUCUGUACAUUGCUGCGUUCCUACUCAACAUCCUGGCGUCGAUUCUGUCGGAUCACGGCGAAGUGGGCCACAACAUCUCGUACGCUUGUGGUGUCAUGAUCGUAGUUGCCACAAUUCUCUGGGUAGUCCGCAUUCUACCUUUUAAUGCGUUCAACGUCUUCUGGUGGGUGUGCCAGAACCAGCGCGGUAACAACCAGUCGAUCGUCCAGCAAACCGAUACGCGUCUUGGUAGUGGCCCCUUCUCGUCUCAAAUGCCUGGCCCUACCGUGCAGAUGUUUAACCCCAUUGGUGUUUUAAUCUUCGUUCCGUUAAUGGAAAAAGUAGUGUACCCAUUGUACGAGAAAUACGCUGGCAAGCCUGCGAGUCGGUACGGUAAAGUACUAGCGGGAUACUGUACAGCAUUUGUGGCGAUGAUCUGGACGGGAUGCUACGAGACCAUUCGACGUAGCACUUCCCCACUCACGUACGUGGACUCCAAUGGCUUGACUCAGUUCAUGAUCAACGACGACGGGAGCCAGGUGAUGAAUGACAUCCCGUGGUGGACAGCAAUCCCCCAGUAUCUGCUUGUGGCGCUAGCUGGAGUGAUGAUUGCCAUUCCGUCGUAUGAUAUCAAUUACUCUGAAGUGCUGCAGAGUAUGCGCAGUACGUCUAUCGCUCUCGGCUUCUUCGUCAACUCCAUGGGCAGCACAUUGCUCUCGAUUAUCGUGUUGCUCUUUGGCAAGUACAUCCCGGCCGACCUGAACAACGGCAAUAUCGAGUACAUGUUCUUCACGCUGGCGGCAAUUAUGGUCGUCAAUAUCUUCUUCUACGUUAUUGUGAUGAACAAGAUGCAGUUGGGAAUGAUCCCACGCGUCAAGAAGGCCGGUGAAAAAGAGGACGACGAGGAAACUUGUCGUGCGGCUGCGUAA